GCUCAAUUUUCAAGUUUCAAAGCCCUUGUUUUCCCCAACAGCCAUGAAUGACCUCGCGGAGUCCGUGUUCCAGCCUGGCAUCUUGGUGCUGGAAAUUGGUCUUUUGCUUAAGCUGACCCAGCUGGCGGUCUCUGCUCUUCAAGCUAACGCGUGGUCCCCUCGAUCCAUGCUGGCACAUUGGGUAAAGCAAGGGCUGCGCCUGUGCAGACACGUGAGAAGACACUACCUGGAACAGGCAGCUUCGGACCAAAGUGAGCAGGAACUGGCGAGACUGCGCUGGAACUGGACCCGCAGGGCUUGUUGGGUGAUUCUUGGGAUAAACAUGCCCCGGCUGCUGUCGCGGCAAAGACGGCCAUCGGAUGGGAACGAGUACGAUCUUGUACUUCUUUGGGUAUGCGCCAUGGGACUGGUGAUUGCGUGGUGUCCACGAUUGAUCAAGCCCUGGGGCCAGGAUGUCUUGUAUAUGAUUUUCGUCUUGGGCUUGGACGCCGCAUUUUUGAUUGAAGGGUUAUCCCACAGUAUCGACGUCAGGGAUGUGCUGACUUUCACCUUUGCCCCACGCUUUAUAUACGCGAUAAUGGCGAACCGAUCAUCAUGCGUGGUUUUGUGCACAACCGCCCACUUGCUCCAAGCAAUCCAUUUCACCGCAAGGCAAGCUGAUCGUGAUGUGGCCAUCAGCGUCCCAGGUCUGUUCCCGAUAUUUCUUUCGAUGUUUUGCGGCGUGGUGGUCGUUCGAAGGCUCCUGCUCGAGAAUGUGCUCCUGAACAUGGACGUGCAGAAGCGGACCGUGGAGCUGGGCGCAGUCUCCGGUUUGCUGACUGCAUGCUACGACGCAGUGCUAGAGGUGGACCAAGCAUUGAGACUCACUCAGGAUUCGCCCCAGCUCUCUGCCAUGUUAUUACGAACGCAAGGAGUGGGAAGUUUGUCUGGGGCAUCUUUGCUGGACUUCUUUUGCCACGGCGACAGGGCCCGCAUUUCAGAGCAACUUCAGAGAUCCACCGCCCAGUCCGCCGUGGCGUUGAAUGCUGACAUGAGCGACUCGGAUGUCAACCGUGUGAAGGUGGAGCUGAUCUGCGUACAGUUUGACAGCCUGAGAAGUGAGAGGUGCUUCCUGGUGGGUGUACGUGAGAUGCAGGACUUGGAACGUGGUCCGCUGCCAGCUCCAUCACAACCAAUAAGAUUCAAAGGGGAUGAGGAAUUGUUUGUGAUCUUUGAUGUGUACUCGCUCGAAAUUUGUAUUAUGAGUGGCGGGAUGCAGCAUCUAUGCCAGCAGCAGCUCGUGGGCGAGAACAUGCCGGAAGAUAUUCUGCACAUCGCCAGCCUGGAGACUCGACCAUCCCUGAGUGCACAACUGCAGCUCAUCGGCAACACAUUUGCUGAGCGAGCGCCGCGGACGGAGACAGACCAGGUGGCUAUGGUGACCUUUGACUUGUUGAACCUUGGCGAGCGGAGGGCGACAGUGACCAUCGAGCACGACCAAGUGUUGGAGCGCUGGGUUGCCAGCAUGGUGAUUCCCAAGGCGACUUUGACCGAAUCCAACCUCCAAAGCUUAGCGGAGACUCAGCCACUACCUGAUCCCGGACAUUCUUUUGGACUCACUUCACCCAGGUCGCGCUCGCAAAGGUCCCAUCGUAGCGGAUCCCGCUCGAGGCGUUCCAGUAGAUCCAGCCGGUCCCGGGCUGAAAUACGUCCGUCCCGUACUGAUCGGUCAGGGUCAAUUACCCAGCUACAUGUUACCAAGACCCCGCUGUGAUAGCAGUUCCGGGCCGCAAGGACCAUCGGAAACCUUCG